AUGGUUCGUCUCAUUUUUAUUCCACUUGUUCUCGUGCCUGUGUUCUAUGGACACAAGACAGCAAGUGCCGACACAACGGGAACAGCACAAACGAUCAAUUGCUUAAACGAGAUGAAUGAGGAAAGGGCGGCUGCGGGACUCCCUGCGUUUGAGGGGGCAACUGAUGGAGCACAAGUGCUGCCGAAACACGAUGGUGCUGGAAGAACGAUAACAGCUGCUACUUUGUGGAACCAAAUCUGCCAAAUAAUAACAAAGGAAGCAGAGGAAAGCGAAGAAGCCAAGAAAUUAAAGGGAACCUUCGCGUACUACCGCGGCGAGAAUAACUGCAAAGCAGCAGUGCAGUACUGGAAGGACGGGUUUUCUCUCUUCAAAAACGAGCUCCCUCCAACGUACACAGCUCCGGGCAAUCCUGAAGUCUAUAGCGACAAGGCUGUUUCCUUUGUCGCCCUCUAUAACCCUCAGGCGAGUCCCGUAGCCAGCUGUGCCUUUGUCACCUGCGCAACAGCAGCCGAGCCUACUGCCCCAGACAUGUUAGAAAUGCACGGAAGGCGCCCAACAAGGAGGCUUCAAGGUGAAGAGGAUAUUCCUUCCUCUACUACUACUACUGCCGUUAUCUGCUUGACGAACCCGGUGGCACUCUCGAAGGGACAACAGCCAUUCAAGGAAGAGGUGUGGCAGAAGAUUGUUCAAGCUAUAGUUGGUACUGAGGAGAGCAACGGGGUUUCGCCAGUCAGGCCGUCAUUGGCAGUUGGGUUCAUAAUGAUGCUUUUUGCCCAUGGGCUUUUUUAA